GCUGAGUCAGCAGACGAUGCGCACGUGUGUGGGCUGCUGGCUUCGGAUAUCGUCAGUGAGAACUUUCAUUUCGGGCGCGCGCUGGCGAGAGCGAGAGGCUACCGUCCGACGACAAGCAGCAUCAUCCCCGUCGCCCCGUGCAUGAUCAGCCCUCCCCGUCCCCGGUCAAAAACGUUCCUCACGACGCCAGCGCCCGCUCUUCCCUCUUCUGUCGCUCCGCAUCGUCGUUUCAUCUCCUCCCUCUCCUCCACUCGCCCGCAUCCGUCCUUUCCCUCCGGCCUCUGUCUGUCCAACCCAGUAUAUGAGUCCCUCCUCGCCAGAAUCCUCCCGCUCCCAGCGACUCUCCCCGACAGGCCCAGCCACUCCCCCCGGGCCCUCCUCCUCGCGUACCCCUAAGGAGCGCAUCUUCCAUCUCGGCGCAAAGCCCCGUCGCACCCUCUCCUCCAAGGUCCACAGCCAGGCCUCAUGGCGCAAUGAUAGCGAGACAGAGUCCAGCGGGUCUGGCACUGAGACAAAGCACUCCCCUCCGUCCCCCAGCCCUCGCAAGCGGCCCAUGCGCAGAACCUCAGACCGCGGCAGGGCUUUGACCCUCCCUACCAACCGUAUGUCCAGUUCCGAUCCUUUGCUCUCCAUGACUUCCCCUUUGUCUGCGCGGCCCCUGACCCGCCGCUCCCCGUCGCCGUCCUCGAGCUCUUCGCCGAGCUCGGGCCCGGAGAUGCUACCCUCGACGUCCGCCUCAGGGAUCGGACGCAAGGUCGCCGCAUCUCUGAACCUCUUCAAGGAGUCUACUGGCACGCCUUCGAUCGAGGACAUGGACGCCUUCGAGCGCGUCCGCCCCGGCUCGCCCGUCUCAAAACGCAAGCCAAGCUCGGGGCACCUCAUCGGGGACAUGACGGAGGCCCAGUUCGAGUUCGUCAAGCGUUCCGACUGGCCGGACCGCGAGAUGAGUGCGCUCCGCCGAGAAAAGAGCGUCACCGGUCUGUCGAUGGAGAGGGUUAAGACUCGAGACAGCGUGAGUUCUACGUCUAGUACUCGCGAUGCGGACGCCCGCCGCCCGAAGCGGCGGCAGCCAUCGAUGCGCGAUACGGUCCUCAAUGACCUCAUGCAAUGGCGGAAUACCGUUGCAGAGGAUAUUGCUCGAGGACGCCCGCGAGAUCGACCUGUGUGGCAUGACGAACCGCCAGAGGACGCCACCAUCGGCUCUCCCGGCACGGACUCGUCCUUGUCCUCCUCCCUCACUUACCAUCACGCCCACUCUCCGGAGCUUCCCCAUCCGCACUCCCCAGCCGCUGGACCCCGUUCUGCCAGCCGUUCGUUACCCAUCUCCCUGGAUGUCCAGGCGCCCUCGCCACGCCCGUUGAGCGUCCAUCUCGUCUCUAUUCCCGCGCACGUCGCAUCACGAGAUCGGUCACGCUCGCCCACCGCUGAGCAGGACAGGAUACCUGUUUCGGACCGACCGCCCCCUCCGACCGUCGCUUCGGAUGUCCCCUCAUAUUCACCCUGGUCCACUGACGAAGAGAGCACAUGGGACACGGCUUCGUUCACCACCGCAUCCACGACGGAGGCUUCAUCUCCGUUCCCAUUGUCGCCGUCGCGGACGAGUCCGCAACCACAGCCAUUUGUCCGGCAUGCGAGCGACGAGGACGAGGAACAACAUCAGCGCGCUCUCCUUUCGCCGUAUGACGAUAUGGAGCUCAGCGCGGAUGCCGAAGCCGACCCGGACGACGUUGCGUUGAGCUUUCCGCAGGAGAGUUUGCCGCAUAUACCGCUGCGGCCGUUUCGCAACCAGGUCGGUGGUCAUAGCGCGAUCUACAAGUUCACCAGGCGCGCAGUGUGUAAGCCGCUCGUGUCCCGCGAGAACCUGUUCUACGAGGCUGUGGAGCGAGAGGCGCCGCCGUUGUUGGAUUUCAUCCCGCGAUACCUAGGCGUGAUGCUUGUCAGCUACCGACGCGUACCACGCGCGUCCAACGGAUUGUCUGUGUCGAGUACGCACGAUCAGCACGAGCACAGACGACCGCCACUCCAUAAGGCAGCGUCGGAGGUCUCCAGGUCGUGCGCACCCCCGCAGCCGUCUUCUGCACAUGGCGAGGGCGACACCGACGUCAGCGAGGCGGAGCUGCCAGAGGUUGCGCUGGAUUACAACCAACAUAUCGUCCCGCAGUGGCUUCUCCGCGCCGGGCGCAGUCGUGCCAUGUCGCAAUCCGCGGCGUCCUCGUUCCCGCGCCCCGUCGUCAACCAACGACUACGUGCGUCGCAUCUAGGUGGAUACACCGCGUCGAGUCCAGAUCUAGCGUCGGGGGUAUCGCCGUGGUCCAAGCCUGGUCCAAGCUCAUUAGGGCGGACGAGGAGCAUACAGGCGUACUCAUCGAAUGCGCCGACGCCGAUGAACUCGCCGCAGUUGCAGAACAGCGCGAUGCCGAACCGCUCGAUCGCUGCGCAAGCGUUGUCGCCUCGUGCCUCGUAUGCGAACUACACGAACGGCUUCUAUGGUGGGACAGGUUCGACUGUGGUAAACACCAGGUUCAAGGACCACGUGUUCAGUACGCUGUUACGACGGAUAACGAGGCAUACGCGCCGUGCAGACGACGACGGCGAGCUUGCGGACGCCGAGGCUGAGGAUGUGUCAAGUUCGCUGUGUGGCAGCAUAGGCAAAGGCAGGCGCAAGAAGCGCCUGAGUGCUGUCGAUCGGCUGCGUUACGAGGAAGGUAGCCUUCUCGGGCAACCGCUCCGACGUGUCCAGAGCGAGGACAGACUGGCAAGGCAUGGCAGGACCGAUCCAAACGGACUUGGACAGAGCGGAGGCUCGCCAGAGAUGUUCCCGUUCGAAUACGACCAGCAGGGCGAGGACAACGACGGCCGACUGCCUACGUUCCGGGACCAUGGCCACGUCGAGGCACCGUUGUUCGCCGCGCGAUCCCGCCACGAGUCGUCGAGCACCCUCCGACCCUCCGACCCGCUCAGCCGCCUCGAACCGCAUAUGCCGACUGCGCACCGGGCAAGCCCGGACGGUCGGGGGCGCGAUCCGUCGGUGACGCGCCAGAACCACUUCAUCUUGAUGGAGGACUUGACGGGACGGCUGAAACAUUCGUGUGUGCUCGACCUCAAGAUGGGGACGCGGCAGUACGGGAUGGACGCAACCCCAGCCAAGAAGAAGAGCCAGCGCAAGAAGUGCGACCGCACGACGAGCAGGGCGCUGGGCGUGCGUGUUUGCGGCAUGCAGGUAUGGAACCACGUCACGCAAUCGUAUGUGACACAGGACAAGUACAAGGGUCGCGAGGUCCGCCCGGAUGACUUCCCAGGUGUCGUGGCGUCGUUCCUCCACGACGGCGAGCGCCUUCUCGUCUAUCAGAUCCCCGUCAUCCUGCGCAAAUUGUACGCCCUCGCACGGAUCAUCUAUCGUCUCAAAGGCUACCGGUUCUACGGCUGCAGCCUACUCCUGAUAUACGACGGCGACGGCGACGUGCAGGAGGCGUUCCGCGCGUCGAUGCUCGAGAACCCCUCUGCGCGCACGAAGCGCGGCGAGUCGCUCGAGCGCCGCUUGAGGCGCGCAUCCGAAAAGAAACCCGGCCAGCCGCCCUUGCGCCGCUCGCAUAGCGAAGACAUCCUCCUCGGGCCCGUCGCCGAGCGCAGCAGUCGGCGCCGUAAACGUGGCGAGAUGCAGAUCCGCCUCGUCGACUUCGCGCACACGACGACUGGCCGCGACUGGUUGCCAUACCCUCCUGGUGGAUUGUUCGACAAGGGCGCCGAGGAGGUGACCAGCGGGAAGGGCUACCAGGCGGACGUCGACCCGGAGACUGGCCUGCUGUAUGCGCGGUUCCCUCCUCACUAUCCUGACCAGCCGGACCGCGGGUUCCUCUUCGGCUUGAUGAACCUUGCGGACACGCUGGAGAGGAUAUGGAACGAGGAGCGGUUACGCCGUAUCAAGGAUGCGCGGGACCAGAACGCCACUGUCGAUUACCAGCUCCCGCCGCUCUGUACGGACGGCAAGGAGGUCUUCACGGAGAUCUUCGGCAACGCGGAGGCGGACGGGGAGCUCGAUCUCGGUAUGAUUUCUACAUGAUUCGGCCUAUUUUGCUUGAGGGCGGAAAUGCUUUGUCUCUCGUUGGCACUAUUCUCUUUCUGUCUGCAUCAUGUCUGUCUACUCUCACCUCUAUCAUCAUCACUGCAUGUCUGUCUCUUAUCCUGUCUGUCGUCUUGUUGCACAUAUCACUCCACGAACACUAGACCUAUCUAGCAUUCGCCAUGUAGCAUACAGUGCAUAAUGACC